AUGGCCGCCGAAAGGAGUAUAGUUGAAUAUUUUUCUGGUCGUGAAAGCCACCGUUGUGGUUAUUGUGGUUCUCCAGAUACCAAUUGUUCACAUGGCAUGUGGGCACAUACAAUGACUGUGCAGGAUUAUCAAGACUUGAUAGAUAGAGGUUGGAGACGGAGUGGAAAGUAUUGUUAUAAACCAACGAUGAAUAUAACUUGUUGUCCACACUAUACAAUCAAAUGUGCUGCACUUGAUUUUCGACUCAACAAAUCUCACAAAAAGUUGAUAAAACGUGUCAAUAAAUAUUUGAUUUAUGGAGAACAUAAAAAAGAAGAGAGAGAUGACAGUAUAACCUCAGAUAGUAAAGAUGGUGUUGACAAUAUGGAGUUUAGAACAGGAAAAUAUACACCAAGUGAUAUAACAUUACCAGAUCAGGUAUCUCAUGGUGAAAGCAGUCAACCUUAUAAGCCUACUGUUUUAUAUUUAAUAGGAAAAGGAGCUGAUCCUAAUUUACCAUCAUGUAAGAAAGCUAAACAAAUCAGAUUAGAAAAGAAAGCUGAAAAACUACAUAGUACUGGUGAUUCAUCAAAAGUAAGUUGCCAAAGCAAUAUUGGACAUUGCAAUUUUGAAAAGUUUUACAAUAUUAGCUUAUCAAAUAAUCAAAUGAAAAAUACUUUAAAUGUCAUUGAAUUUUUGAAUGAACCUGACACUGUUGAAAAUCCUGCUCAUAAAUUAGAGAUCAGGCUUGUUCAGUCCACACCUCAAAGUGAAGAAUUUGUCAAAACAUUCACUGAAUCUCAUAAAGUUUAUCAUACAUAUCAAAUGGAUGUUCAUAAAGACCCACCAGAAAAACCUAAUCCUAAACAAUAUAAACGAUUUUUAUACGGAUUUCUCUCAAGUUUCAAAGAUUCUCAUUCAGUAUUUAGAAAAUAUCAGAUGUCUAUUCACAAUGAUAAGGAAAGUGAUUGUACCGUACAGAGCUUUACUGGAUUCUUAGUUGAUUCUCCAUUACAGCAUGUGAAUGAAAACUUACCAAUGGGUUAUGGAUCAUUUCAUCAACAUUAUAUAUUAGAUGGUAAAUUGAUAGCUGUUGGUGUAAUAGAUAUCCUAACCUCCAGUGUAUCAUCAGUAUAUUUAUAUUAUGAUCCUGAAUAUCAUUUCUUAUCACUUGGUACUUAUACUGCUUUAAGAGAAAUAGCUUUUGUACGUGAACUUAAUAAAUACAAUAAUAAUUUAAAAUAUUACUACAUGGGAUUCUAUAUACAUUCCUGUCCAAAAAUGAGAUACAAAGGUCAAUAUUACCCAUCCCUCUUAGUUUGUCCAGAAACUUUUCAAUGGGUGCCGAUAGAAAUAUGUCGGCCAAAAUUAGAUAAAAAUAAAUAUAGUAGACUAAAUGAUUCUAAUGAAGAAGAUGAAAAUAGUAAGAUAGAUGUCAACAAAGUUCUAGUUCUUAAAAAUGGUGAAGCCAUGCCUUAUGAAGUAUAUAAAUUUCUCAAUCCAAGAUGUAAAGAUGAAUUAGAAGUGAUAGAAUAUGCUACUUUAACUGGUAAAACCUGUUCUGAAAGAAUGUUGUUAUUCAGAAAAUAA